CCGGCACCAACAGGACUUGAUUAAUUUGUCAGAGUAAUCAGACCUACUGACCCCCCGACUCAGACUUCUUAAAACCUCAUCACAUCUCGCUCGGUCCCGUCCGCGCUUCACCCAACUGCUUAAUCUGACGGCGGUCAGUCGGAAGAGGCGGCAGCAUGGAGCACAUGUCCUCCCCGGUCCGGUUCCGAACCAACAGAAAAGCCGGCACAUUCCCAAACAAAGAGCUGUCCAGUCUGUCCAUCGAGGACCAGGAGGAUGUCCAGCUUCCUUAUGCCAUGAGGGAUCUGCCUCCGUACUCACCACCAGGGGGACCCCACCACACACGAACGCUCAGCCUAGAGUCCAAAAGAUCUGGCACCACAACUAAUGGGACCUCCAGCAGUCUUCCCGGGACCCCGCCACUGCUGCACCCGACCCCCUGCCACAGCACCAGCUCUGCCACCGCCCCCCACAGACCGAUCCGCCCGGGUCUGGAAUCGCUUUUCCAGCCGCUGAAUUUACGCAGGCAGCUGGUUUCUCGCGGCUCGCUGGACUCUCCGCUCAGUCCGGCCUCACGUCCACGCAGCCCGUGGGGGCGAUUUGACCCCUACGACUCGCCAGAGGACCACGACAAGGAGUACGUUGGCUUCGCCACGUUGCCGAACCAGGUUCAUCGAAAAACAGUGAAAAAAGGUUUUACCUUCACACUGAUGGUGGCAGGAGAGUCCGGUCUGGGCAAAUCCACACUCAUCAACAGCCUGUUCCUCACCGACCUCUACAGAGACCGAAAGGUUCCUAAUGCAGAGGAACGGAUCAAUCAAACUCUGGGCAUCGUGAAACACACAGUGAGCAUCGAGGAAAAGGGGGUCAAACUGAGGCUUACCAUCAUUGACACGCCCGGGUUCGGAGACGCAGUCAACAACACCGAGAGCUGGAGGCAGAUCGAGGACUACAUCGACCAGCAGUUCGAGCAGUACUUCAGAGACGAGAGCGGGCUGAACAGAAGGAACAUCCAGGACAACAGAGUCCACUGCUGCCUCUACUUCAUCUCGCCCUUCGGUCACGGCCUCCGACCGCUGGACGUCGAGUGUAUGAGAACCCUGCACAACAAAGUCAACAUCAUACCAGUGUUGGCCAAAGCUGACAGUCUGACGCCCUCCGAGGUCUACAGGAAGAAGAUGAAGAUCAGAGAGGAGAUCAAGAAGUUUGGGAUCAGCAUCUACCAGUUUCCCGAGUGUGAUUCCGACGAGGACGAAGACUUCAAGAGUCAAGACCAGAUGCUGAAGGACAGCCUUCCGUUCGCGGUCAUCGGCAGCAACAUUCAGGUGGAGAGUAAAGGCCGCAGGUUCCGAGGUCGUGUCUACCCCUGGGGAGUGGUUGAAGUGGAGAGUCCAGCUCACUCGGACUUCCUGCUGCUGAGAGACAUGCUGGUCAGGACGCACAUGCAGGACCUGAAGGACGUGACCCGGGAGACUCACUACGAGAACUACCGAGCCCAGUGCAUCCAGAACAUGACCCGCCUGGUGGUGCAGGAGAGGAAGCGCAGUCUGCGGGACCGACAGCGAGAGGGCAGCGAGGACUUUCCUCUUCCUCUGGCCGUCAUCGACACCGACAAGGAGAGACUCAUCUACGAGAAGGAUGAAGAGCUGAGGAAGAUGCAGGAGGUUCUGGAGAGGAUCCAGGAGCAGAUGCACAGCAGCCAGAGAGGAGGCUGCUGAGCCACAUUUUGGUUUUCAAUGACAUUUUCUAUCGUUUCUUUUUCUAACCUGUUCAACAUCACUAAACGACUCCAACACCUCGCAUGGACUUGUUUAUGAAUGACAGUGACUCGGAGGCAGAACUAUGUUGUAAAUGUUAUAAGAUUUAUUAAGAAUCUUUUAUGUCAUCAGCAUAAUUCUUCAUCAUUAAUAUUUUUUUUGUAUUUGUUAUCAUCAUCAACAGUGGACAGUUAGAUGUAAAGGCAGCCCAAAGUGUGCAGGCCAUAUAUAACUUAAAACUUUCUCCAUAGGGAAAACAUUAUUUUCGUAUUAAUAUAUAAUAUCAAUGUAGCAUGAGGUCCAAGAUCCUGCCCACGUUAUACAGUAUUGUACAUGGUCCCGAAAUCAAACGAACACCUUCUGAACGAAAGAGCGAUCUACAUGCAACUAAAAUCAGAAACAAGCAUUUGGAAAGUUUUCAGAGAUACAUACACUCCAGAACGUGCACACCAUCACAAAUGUACAAAGCUUCAUACAUACAAAUAUUACAAAAUUCCAUAUCAGACAGUAUUAGUUUAUCAUGAAAACAAAGUGUGGCGUCUCAUUCUGACUGAAAAGAAAAAAAAGACAGUUGUCACUCAUUCGCUUAGCCAAGGCUGUCACAGUGUCGAGGCUCCAGAGCACCUCAUGCACAGGGCCACACCACAACCACACACAGCCAUGCCACAGACACAGUAGGAUGAACUAGACAAGAGAGGAGCCGCGUGACCAGCCAGGAGCGCCGCCGCAGAUGUGCGCGAGGUCAAGAAACACGGGUGACGCCAACCUCCGCGUCCAUGUUGUGAAAGAAUGUCACAGAUUACGAUCAACUUCUGACUUCAAAUCGUCCCCUCUCGGAGAUGUCAGCGCUGAUGAGGGCAAACCAUGAUACUCUGCCUUUAUACACGCCAUUUAAAAGAGCUCUUGUGGACAUGGAUCUUUCCGACUCAGACAGAAGUUCAACGGUGGUCAGCUGAAGCGAGAGCGACGCCCCCUGGUGGAGAGCCAGUGAAGCUGGUUUUCAUCACGCACAUCAUUAGGAUGUACUUUUUGUAAACACUUUUAAACGGAGCGCUGAAUGAAGUUGUAAAAAUCGGUUUCAAACAUUUGUUCCUGAUCACAUCCUGCUCAUUUGAUUCGUCUAAGAUGAGACCUUAAAAAAGUGAGGGGCCGCGGGGCCAGCAGGGGGCGCUGUUGCACCAGAGUGAAGCGGACGACCUGAAAUAAGCCAGACUUCGAAGGUAAACUCUCCUCUGCAGGUUUUCUGGGACAUCAACGUGUAGGAAGUGACUUGAGCUGAAGUUGCUGCUUUUGUAUUCCACCAGCCAAGUUUGAGCUGCAUCCGAGGAUGGAGCCGUUGUUCUGUUUGAGUCCAGAAGAGAAUAGGCUCGACCCACUUCAGAACGCAGCCAGUGAAAGCCGUUUGUUCAGCUAUGUUUGUCCAUCUGUUUUGUUUCUGUCUCCAGAACUCCAGCCUGCCUUGCUACCCUCCAACAUCCUGGUGGUCCUUUACUUCUCUCCAGGCGUUUAAGUGCAGUGGAAGGGCUCCUGUGAGGAUUAUUUUGGAACCAACCUGUUCCUCUCUUUAAAGCCUCAGUGACAUUUUCCAACAAUAAAAGGACAAACGCUGCGUUGUCACGGCAACAGGUGGGAAAUAAACAUGAUUGGAUGACAAACGGAUGAUUUUAUGAUGAGUAUAAACUGAGCUUAUUGUGUUAGUGCUAAAGGUUCAAGUUCAAACAGGGUCAUAGGUCACCCACUGGGUUUCCUUCCAGAAUCCUGCGUGUGACUGGAGUGUGGCGUCCCUGUGGAUGGAUUCAGGCCAGUUUAAGGGUGUUGACGGGGUACAUCGGGACCGUCACCAUGGUGACCGGGUUAAGCACGGCUGCCUGACCGAUGGGCUGAGGAUGAGGGGCCAGCACGGCGGUGGGCUUCCCUCCGUGGCUGACCACGGC